CAACAGAGAGCCUAACCCUCCUCUCUCUCUCUCUCUCUUCUCUUCUCUUCUCUUCUCUUCUCUUCUUCAAAAAUCAAUCCCCUCGUCUUAAUUAAUAAAUAAAAAUAAUAUAAUUCACAAUAGCAGAUCUCAUCAUUCACCUAACAAACUCCCUCGUAGCAAACGUUUUAUUUUUGGCAAACCAAUUUCUCUUCCUCUCUUUCUUUCUCUCUUCCUCCAUGGGAGAUGAUCAUCCUCGAUCACUACCGCAGGAGGUCUGUCACAUGUUCGGGUUUGGAGGUUUCUGCAGGGUGUAUAGAUCACUCAUCUCUAGACGCCAUUCUGACAAGAAUCGCCAUUCCAAGGACGCCAGAUCCCAUCCCAGCGAUGAAUCCAGGCCUACUCACAAAGCCAUCAAGGCCUUGGACCCUAAAGACCAUGUAGGAAGAGACCUAAAUGGCGAGGGACCGCAGGGUGAUGAUCUUGCCUCUCACGGAGGUUUCUGCAAGGAUAGCAGCGCCAAUAAUAAUAAUUCCUAUCUCUCCUCAUCACCUUCUCCAUUAUCGAGCCCUUUCGAGCCAUCUUGGUCAUCAAGCCCUACCCCAAACCUAUCGAGAAGCGGGAGUCUGAGGAGCUGGACUCCAACGCCCAUAGCCGCAGCUAACCGGCUCUUGAAGAGCAUGAGCAAGAAGGGCGUUGACACGUCGUCCGUCCCAGAAACUGGCGUGCUCUCAAGGAAUUCGAGCCAGAAGGGCCAGUUCCAUGAAGAUGGCGCAUUCUUGAAGGCUCCUAGCAUCAAAGGGCCAUCCCCGUCCCUUUCUAAGAACACGAGCCGGAAGGGCCCGACGCCAAUCAUGUUCUCUAACUCGAAUGGCGUGCUCAAGCCCAGAGCCAUUGAGAAGAACCUCGAGUGCACCCUUGAAGAGCUAUGCUUCGGAUGCACCAAGAGGAUCAUGAUCACAAGAGAUGUUGUCACAGACAACGGGCAAAUAGAAGAAGAAGAAGAACUGCUAACGAUCAAAGUGAACCCCGGAUGGAGGAAAGGAACAAAGAUCACAUUUGAAGGAAUAGAAAACAAGACAUCGGGAACUUACCAGGCUGACAUCAUCCUUGUGAUCUCGGAGAAAGAGCAUCAUUCAUUUCGAAGAGAAGGCGAUGAUCUGGAGUUGACAGUGGAAGUCCCUCUGUUGCAGGCUCUCACCGGCUGCACCCUUCCAAUCCCUUUGCUAGGCGGCGGGGAGCUGAGCUUAACAAUGGACGAUAUCAUACAACCUGGAGAGGAAAAGAUUAUUGCAGGCCAGGGCAUGCCAAAGUUAACAGAGGAAGGGAAUAGGGGAAACCUGGUAGUCAAGUUCCUGGUUGAGUUUCCUGCCCAACUGACAGACGAAAAGCGGAGCGAGAUCUCUAGCAUUUUGCAGGAUUCUUGUUGAUCAUGAAAAUCAGUUCUUUUGCAGUUUUGUAUAUAUGUAGGUUCAAUUAUUCUAUAUUAUUACAGUUUCAACUAUUGACAUAGCAUAAGCCGUGACUAAAGAAGAAUUGGAAAGAAAAUUAAAUCCAUAAAGCAAAGCAAUUUCAUUUA